CCGCAAUUAAUCGGCGAAUAUUAUUCAAUCAGUAAAAUAUUUGCAUCUAUUAUCAGAAUCACGCAAAGAUCGGUGAUUUUAACUCUAACCACUAUCCAUACCUACCUGCCUCUUAUUGAUACGCCACGCAGUUCAACCUUAGAGAAUAAAAGAUUCGAAAAUCGAGCUAACACCAAUCAUCAUCAUGCACGCAAAACUUGCUCUUGCCGUCAUCUUCCUGGGCAACGGUCUAGCAUCGGCGCAGACAUCAAAUCCAGGAGGUCCUAUCCAAUCGUUAUCCUCUGCCGCGGACCAGAGCACAUCCGGAGUAUUAUCUAUCCAAACGGACACCGUCAUUAGUGGUUCCGGUACUACCGUCCCUGUCACUUCCAGUUCCAGGACGGGAUCUACCAGUACGGAGACCGCUGCCUCAUCUUCAACCUCCUCUGCUCCGUCAUCUUCUGUUUCCGGUGCUGGGGCCGCAUCGCCACAGGAGACAGGUUACGCUCUCGCAGCUGCCGCGGCAGCGGGUUUCUUUGGAGUCGUCGCGGCACUAUGAUGGGUUAUAAGCUGACAGAAACCAAGAUUAUCAAGGAAAAAAGAUUCAACUUAGCAGAAAAUGUCAACGAAAAAAAG